UUUCGAACAAGCGGGACAAAGAUGGCAACGAUCGUCAGCCAUCUUCUAAAGCGAGAUAGAUAGAAUUGUUUUAAUAAUUUAAAAGUAUUUUUCGCUAAUUAUAGGUGAUAUUUUGAUAGGAAUCGCUUAAAUACGUACCGUAGUUUUUAAUUGCAAAGUUGAAAGCGCGAAAAUGCCGCGGUAGUGCUUAAAUUGUUGUUAAGAAGGUAUCGGCGUCGCGAGCAUCCAUUUCGAGUGAGAGCAAGGGAGACAACAUGUUCGACCCGAACACCAUCACGACCCAACAGUCCCAAAUACAGUAUCAAACCGACAAGGAUAAGACCGGGCAAGAUACCGGUCAGAAGGAGACCUUUCCGUCCUUCUGCUAUGCGAAUGUUAAUAUGAUACACAAAAUAGCGACCCCGAAUACGGCCACGGUCGCUCAAAAUCAACACUCGACCGUCAACAUGUCCCAAUUAUCCGACGACAAAUGCUACAUCACGCAGCCCUUCUCGUACAACUACGCCCUCGUCAAUCAAAUGUCACUCGCGCAGAACACAAUCUCGAAUAUAACGUUCAAGUGCGAGGUGUGCGGCCUAAUGUUCGCCCACCUCAGCCUGCUCAACCACCACAAGCGCAUCCAUCAGGGCGCGACGCAGCCGAACGACCAGCAGCCCGGCCAGCAGAUCACCGUUCAAGUUCAGGGUCAGGGGCAGCCGCAGCCCGCGCAGAUACAGAUCGUGUCGGCCGACCGAAUACGUUACUCGUGCGAGGAGUGCGGACUGACGUUCAACACGCAGACGGACCUCAAGUCGCACAAGAUCCAAUCCCACCAGCCGCAGCAGCAGCAGCAGCACGUCCAGCAGCAGACGCAGCCGCAGAACACGCUCAAGAUAAAGAACUGCGAGUCGUGCGGCGCGCCUCUGCCGCAGGACACGAACAAGAAGCGGGCCGUCAUGAAGGUCAAGUGCGAGACAUGCCUCUCGGCCGAGGCGAUUCAGCCGCAGAUCUUCGUCGUCGCGACCGCACCCGACGCCACGACCACCGUCAAGUUCGAGGAGUCGACCGGCACGCAGACCACCUCCAAUCUUGGAACACAGAAUACUAUCCCGCUCGCAGUGAAGAAUGCGCAUCCUGUGAAACGGCGCGGCGUCGCUUCAGUGACGAAAUGUACGAAAUGCAACGGCAGCGGAAUUAUCUUCAUCGGCGGAUCGAAAAAUCAACAGAACAACGUCGACAAACCCUUCCAUUGCAACAUAUGCAACGGAUCGUUCAGCCGCUACUCGUCGCUAUGGUCCCACAAGCGUCUCCACACGGGCGAGAAGAAUUUCAAGUGCAACAUCUGCGGACUGGCGUUCGCGAAGGCCGCCUACCUGAAGAACCACUCCCGAAUCCACACCGGCGAGAAGCCCUACCGAUGUAACGUCUGUGGCAUGCAGUUCUCGCAGUCGCCCCACCUGAAGAACCACGAGCGCAUCCACUCGGGCGAGCGGCCGUACGUCUGCGAGGUGUGCGACAAGUCGUUCGCGCGCCACUCCACCCUCUGGAACCAUCGCCGCAUUCACACCGGCGAAAAACCGUACCGAUGCGACAUCUGCGGCUCGUGCUUCAAUCAGGCGACGCACCUGAAAAACCACGCGAAGGUGCACUCGGGCGAGAAGCCCUUCAAGUGCGACAUCUGCAGCGUCGGCUUCUCGGAUCGGUUCGCCCUCAAGCGCCAUCGCAACAUUCACGAGAAGUACGGACGCACGAAGCCGAUCACGCCGCCGAAGAUGGGCAACGGAACGGACGCCGAACCGGCGGUCGCCGCCGCGUCGGGCGUCGCCGGCGAGGAGACCGGCGAGUCCGUCGUCGAGGAGAUACCCGAGACCAAGUACGAGGACGUCAAGUUCGACGUGGCGAGCGCUCAGGCCGGCAUAACCGACGACAUGACGACCGACAUAUCCGAAUUGGAAGUUCAACUGUCGUAGAUUUCUCUUCUUGUGUUAGUAGGAGGCUUUGAAUGCGGGAGGUGCAAGAUGCUUCUGUCAAAAUAUUGACAGUUGUCGUUUCCGUUAGCCAAUCAAAUAACUGAAAUUUACUGUUUGUUGAUUGGUUAACGGAUCGGCCAGGUUUGAGAGAUACAGCAGUUAAAGUUUGCCAUUGAAACUUUCAGUGCAUGUAUCAUGGAAGCCCCAACUUCACAGUACUAUCGACAAAUCCCGAUCUGACGAUGAAUGAGCACAUUCGAUUACCAACGCGGUUGAAUUAUCAAAAAUCUCUCAAGUUAGGGAUUUUUUAAUCUAAUGUUACAUGCACUGAAAACAAAACCUAAAUGACAAUUCCAUUGCCAACCGACUCUUCGCCCUUUAGACACCGCAUUUUCGUUAGCGUGUAUAUAUUCGUAUAGUGACGCCACCUUUUUUUUUUGUUAGAGUAACCUAGUUCGUAAAUUGUGGUAAUUUAUUUAUUUCGAAAGAUACGUAUUUAAAUAUAUAAAUUACUAUGA